CACGUGCUCCCCUUGGGCCGCUGGGUUCUUUUGCUGCACCAGCGUGCGUGAGUAGCCAUGGCGGGGUUGCUCCGGUCAGCCGUCUGGCUUCGUUCGCGUCUCUUGCUCUGGCGAGGAGGAUGCGUCCUUCCGGGGCCCGUCCCGUCGCCGUUGCCCUCAGCUGCCCUCCGACGCUUUAACACCAAUCCCAGCAGAGCAUCCCUAAUGUACCCCACAAGGCUCUUUACAAUUGCAGUCCAAGAAAACAGAGAUGUUCAAGAACAGUUACCUGUUCAACAAAAGCAGAUACAAUUUUUUGAUUGGGCGUUUAACAAAAUGGACAGUUCGAUCAGAAGAAAUGGGUGCAUUACUAAAUCCCUGUUAGAAGACAUAUUUCAUGAUGCCUGCAAAACAGGAUUUCCAAAUGGUAACCAGGCCUUGCUGCUGUUAAGAAGCUGUGGCUCCCUGUUGCCUGAGCUACCUCCGCAUGAAAGAACAGACCUUGCUCAUGUCAUGUGGGUAAAGCUGAAAAGUGCUGGUGUUAUAUUCGAUGUAAGCCAUUAUAACGCUUUGCUAAAAGUUUAUCUCCAGAAUGAACAUGAUUUUUCUCCGGAUGUAUUCCUAACAAAAAUGGAGGAGGCAAAUAUCCAGCCCAAUCGAGUCACAUAUCAGCGGCUAAUUGCUGCCCAUUGCAACAAGGGAGAUAUUGAUGGAUCCAGCAAAAUUCUUAAUAUUAUGAAAAGCAAAGAUCUCCCGAUAACGGAGUUGAUUUUCAGCGCCCUUGUCACUGGUCACGCAAAAGCUGGAGAUAUGGACAAUGCAGUCAACAUCCUUUCUGUCAUGAGAGACACUAAAAUUGAACCUGGCUCGGAGACUUAUUUGGCACUCUUGAAUGCUUAUGCUGAGAAAGGCAACAUAAACCAAAUAGAAGAGGAACUGAAAAAUAUUGAAAAGGCUGAAAUUUAUCUUUCUGAAAGAGAUUUUAUGGAAAUCAUUUUUACUCUUGCUAAGGCCGGAUAUUCUCAGUAUAUACAAAAUAUUUUGGAGAAGAUAAAGUUUAGUAAAGAAAGCAUACCAGAUGUAAAGAAUCUUUGCCUGAGAUUAAUAACACAUAACUUAGAAGAUACAGCUUUUGAAGUUCUGCAUUCAGUUUUUGUGGCAUUAGGGCUCACCUGUGAAAAACACAGUAGCCAGUGCAACUUUUUCUUACACCAUUGUAUAAACAUGGAAACGCCCUUGGCCAAGUUGAAAUAUUUCUGCAAUGAGCUAAAAGCAAGCAACUUACACCCUUCACCUCUAUUGUCGAGUUUAUUCUUUGCAUUGGAAGCAAAGAAAACUGAUUUAGCUAUUGAUAUAAUGAAGAUGAUAAAAGAAGAAGGCGAAUGUCUUAAACCUCACUAUUUUUGGCCAUUGCUGGCUCAGCACCAGGAAAAGAAAAACACUGAAGGUGUAAUUAAUGUCCUCAAAAUUAUGGAUGAAUUGGAGGUAGAGCCAACUAUUGACACAUAUUUAUUAUAUGUUUUUACAAAUUUGGAUAACUUCGAUUCUGUUCGCCAGAGGAUUCAGGAAAAAGGCAGUCCUUUGGAAACCAGUAAAUUCUUAGCAGCAGAAAUCAGGCAUGAAGCUUCACAUGGCAGACUGGAUAAAGUUUAUCAGUUAUUAUCUUCCUCAAACAUCUGGAUAACGAACAGGAAUCAUAUCAAGAGCAGUCUAAUGAUUGGAUUUAGAAAGUGUACUGAUGUUGAUCUUUGGAACAAGAUAACAGAACUGUUGUAUAUGGAGGAACAGAAGGCUGAACAAGAAACUGAAAAUAUUGGCCGUUUUCUUUAUUCCUUGAUUGACAAUAUGACUGACUCAGAGGUACAGGACAGGGAGGAGCAGUUGAGACAAUACUUCCAUCAGCUACAGAAGAUGAACAUGACAAUUCUUCCUGCCUACUACAAAGGUAUUAGCAAACUGCUGACUGAACACAACGUUCCCAAUUUAAUUAAGUCCUUAAUUGGUUCACAUAAUUUUGAGGAGAAACUUGAACAACUUAAAGCUGAAAACAAACCCAUUGAAGAUAUUCUAAAGAACUUUAUAAUUGCUCUGUGUUCAGAAAAGAAUAUGCAGAAAGCUCUUGCAGUAAAAGCAAAAUAUGAAUUCGACAUGAAUGUUGUGGGCUAUGGAGCCUUAAUACGCCUUUGCUGUCAAAAUGAUAAUGUAGAGGAAGCAAUGAACCUGAAAGAAGAAUUUUGCCGUAAAGAUUCAUCUGAGGUUCUUGAAUUAAGCGCUUAUAUAGAAUUGAUUAAGAUUUUGGCGAAACAUGAAAGACUGGAUGAUGCUAUUAACAUUUUAACGGAGAUGAAAGAGAAGAAUGUCUGUAUUAAAGAUUCAGCUGUCACACAAUGUUACCAAAUCCUUAAUAAUGUAGCCUUCAAAGGUGAAGUUGAAAAGGUGAAUCAGCUGCAUGAGGCUAUGGUAGGCCUGCUGUUACCACAGUCUGCUGCAAAAUUGUGUUCUCCCCUUGUUACUGUUCACUUAAAGAGGGAUGACUUAUUAACAGCGGUGGAAGUGUUAUUUGAUUGCUAUAAGAAGUACGGUGGGCUGCCUAGACUUCAUGAAAUCUUAUGUGGAUUAAUAGAGAAGGGAGAUACUGAAACAGUGAAGAAAGUUUUCGACUUUCUCACCGAAGAGAAAAAACAGAUGGGAAUAUUGUUUGAUCUCUUCUUUGCCUUUCUGGCAACUGGCAAAUACAAAGAAGCCAAGAAGAUCAUUGAGACACCUGGCUUACGAGCAAGAUCAGAAAGAAUGGAAUGGUUUGCAAACAAAUGUAUUACAAAUAAUAAUGGUGAGAGCCUGGAAGCCAUGGUAACACUGACUCAAAACCUCUUUGAUUGUGAUAGAGAUAAGAUGUAUUAUUCUCUGUUGUUAUUAUACCAAAAAAAUAAUGAUCUGGAAAAGGCUGAAUCUGUUUGGACUAAAAUGCAAGAAGAAAACGUUGUUCCCCGUUCAAGAACUUUGCAUUUGCUAGGACAUAUUUUUAAAGCCAAUAAUAAGAAAAUUCCAUUUACUGUACCUGGGAAUUGGUAUGAAAGCAAUGAUGAUUCUGCAGCAAUUGGCUUGUCAUCACUUCCUGAGCAAACAUAUCAAGUUAAUGAAAAAAUAAACCAAUUUUGUAAAACUGGUAAACACACAGAGGCAUACAGACAUUUUCUAAUGGCGAAGGACGUUGCACUUAAUGUCAGUUGUUACAACAAUCUUACCAAAGCAUUGCUCAGCCAUGGUUCUCUUACAGAAGCAAUGGAAGUUAUAAAAACGUAAGUCAUUUUAUGUAUGCAUCUCUCUUU